AUGGACCAUGUUCCCUCGCGCGCGGACUCGAGCGCAUCGGCGAAUACAGUGGGAAGCGGCUCGCCAUCCCCCCACAAUGAAGAUGAACACGCAGGGGACGCGGUGGGAACAGGCGACAAAGAGGCCCAGCCGGCGCCGGAUAUCAUGCGAGAGGAUGCAAUGGACGAAGACCCUCCACCCGAACUGGUUACAACACCCAUGAACCUGUCCGGCGCGUUGGCGAAGCAAGCACAACAAGGCGAAGCCCGCGGGUUUGGGCCGCCCGGUAUCAUGGCUGAGUCCAGUGGAGCUGAGCUCAGGGCCCCUGGCGUGCAACCAGUUCAGAGCAUGUUCAACAACCCGCCAAAUCUUGCGCGCAUUCGCAGGGUUCUGUUUGAGUGCAAAGACCCUAUCGAGAUCAGCCUGGAGGAGUUCGAGACAUAUUGGCCAUUCAUCGAUAACGUAUGGGUCAAGCAGAGAACGAAUGCCAGCAAGGAGGGCCACUGUACCACCGACUAUUACAUGUGUCGUUUACGACGCCCAACGCAUCGCACGUCCGAGACUCGUCCGUUGCCAGAAGGGAAACGUCCACGAAAGAAACGAGUGCGCGAGGGGGGUCUCUGCAAUUUCCAGAUCAAAGUGGUCCGGUUUGAAGGCGCGUAUUCCACCGUCACCAUUUCGAGGACGCCUGGAAGCGGUAGCAUUCACUCUCAUGACCUGGAUUAUAUUGAUCGAGUCAAACGCAACUCAGGGCUGAUGGAAUUCGCCCGCCGGGAGUCCGCAAUGGGAUACCUCCCCUCUUCUAUCUAUACCAAAUUCCAGGAGGAGCCAGAAAAGCUUGACGAAGCGGGCGGUCGGUUCCUCACUGUGACGGACGUACGCAACGUCUCUGCCAAGUGGCGCAUUCAAAACCCCGACGUCACGCUUGUUCCCCAUGACGGCUAUGAACUAGUCAAGGGCCAUGGGAUUGUGAAAUCUCACAGUGCCAACGGGCCGAGCGAAGUGGUGCAACCCCAUCCAGUCCUGGCUACCUCAUCCCCUCAUCUGGCGCCGGACACGCUAUCCUUCCCCAAUUUCUCCCUCGAUUUCCUGCAAGCCUACUUGCCCAAUCACUCGCAACGACGCGAGCUGCCUCACGUCACUCUGUCCUAUGCGUCAUCCAUGGACUCCAAGAUCUCUCUUCGGCCCGGGAUGCAGACCGUGCUCUCGGGGCCCGAGGCCAAGCUCAUGACCCACUAUCUUCGCUCCCGCCACGAUGCGAUCCUCAUCGGCGUCGGCACCGUUCUUGCCGACAACCCUGGAUUGAACUGCCGCCUGGAAGGUGCAGGAGGCUUUGGGGGGUUGGGCAGGAUGUGGCAGCCCCGGCCCGUGGUGAUUGACCCCAUGGGACGCUGGCCCAUUCACCCGGAUUGCCGAAUGCUACGAACAGCCGUGGAGGGUAAGGGCAAAGCCCCGUGGGUGGUCGUGUCGCCGGGGGCUCAGAUCAAUCCGCAGCGACUGAUGAUGCUCAAAGGUUACGGCGGCGACUUUCUCCGCAUUGUGGAAUACAACCAGAAUUGGCGACUACGGUGGGAGGCAGUUCUCCGAGCCCUGGCGUCCGAGGGCAUCAAGAGCGUGAUGAUUGAAGGAGGUGCGACCGUCUUGAGCGAGCUCCUGAACCCGGAGUAUACGAACUUCAUUGACUCGAUCAUCGUGACGGUGGCGCCCACCUACCUUGGCCGUGGCGGCGUGAGUGUCAGCCCGGAUUCCAAGCUGGACCAGGAGGGCAAGCCCAAUGCAGCGUUGAACCCGCGCGAUGUUACAUGGACGCCGUUGGGCCAAAAUGUCAUCAUGUGCGGCAACAUACGACCGCAGGCUGAGCGACCGCAGAGUCACUCGUGA